GCGAAACCUGACCAUCAGCUGAGGAGAUAGUGGGGUCGACAAUGGCUGACAUUCGUUCGGAGCAUGGAGACGUACCGGCCGCUCUUUUGCGCCUCUUUUUCCACGACCGCUUCAUCGAGGCAAUCAAGGCUGCCAAUCAGUUGAAACUUGAAAGGCAUGGAAUGAUGAGGAAUGUGAACCUCUCUGUUACGUCUACACCGUCAGCUUCUUUCUACCCGGAGAUUUCCAAUCAAAACCUGUGUCGUGUUUACGUUGUCAUUCUCUCUGCCCUGCCAUUGUAUGAGCUUUGUUUUACUGGUGAGAAACUGAGGAAAACCACAACAGCACCUCAAGCUAAUGAAGCAGAGACAGAGAAAUCUCAAAACUACCACUGCUAUUCCAUGAAUGGUGAAAAGAAAGAGCAGAUAACAUUAGGAUUGAUGUCUUCCGUUGGUCUUGCCGUAAGAAGCCCCAUCCACAGAAAGUCAUGUGUUCUGUUGGGAUCUUCUUGCGACUUGAACUUGUUGAGGGUAAUAGAGGAGAAUCUCGACUAGGAGGGCGUGCAGCGGUCAUUGGAUAGCUGGAAAAGAAUACACACUUGCGCGGGUCCAUUUUUAAUCUUCUUAAUUAACUGUUCGUCUGAUGUCUACUGUGUUCAAUGUAUAAUAACUUCAUGUUUUAUAU